GGUGAAAUGCUAAGUGCGCGGUGACCUCAAUGCUGGGCGCUGCUGCAUCCAGCUGCCUGCCCACUGGAGCGGAGGCGGGAUGCUCCCUCGGUGCUCCGUCGUGAGGGGGCUGUUCCCUCCGCACAUCCGAGCUCGCUCAGUCCGUCCAGAGCAGCGGCAGGGAUGAGAGCUGGGCAACACGACAUGUUUGUCAGUGAUGGCCUCAGCUGAGCAGUUGUGACGGUGAUCCUGCCGCUGCACACCUUGACACCCGACCUACCGUCCACAGACAGAAAGAAAGAGGGGGGAAAGGAAACACACCAGCAUAAACAAAUGCGAACAUGUACAGCGUGGAGGACCUCCUCAUCUCUCAUGGAUACAAGCUACCCAAGCAUACUGCCUCCUCCACAACCCCGACCCCAACCCCUGCGUCUUCGUCUUCAUCUUCAUCCCGCCAGGCACCCUCGUCCUCACCUCCAUCCUACAGCAAACACCAUGAGAGCUUGGGGAGCAGGCCCAGCAGCCGGGCAGUGAACGGAUACGAACGAGGGUCGAGGGUGGCGUUUGGGAGCAACUGUGGAAGCAGGCACCCUCAAGCCUAUGAGGUUGGAAGUGCUUGCCCCAACAACAACGUCGAACCCAGGGUCAGGAGCCAGUCCAGGCAGGAAGGCGAGAGCCAGGGUCAAGCUGACACCCCUUCUUAUGGGGAUUCGCUAACCUCAGACAGCGGGUUCUGUGAUGGCACCAGAGGUCAACAGAUGCAGUCCAAGGACGUGUCCUUCUGGAGGAGGAGAGGCCAGGACUUCACUGUGCUGCUGGACUAUGCCGACCUUAGAGAGCCCCAUGCAGGGGGACAUGGGGAAUACAAAAGACCGGAGGGACCUCAACAAGCAAGAGGUCAAGAGUUGUCCGCUGAGGAGCGGCAAAGGGUAGUCCAGGAGAGGCAGCGCUGGGCAGCCCAGGUACAGGCUCGUGCCAAAGAGAGGGAAGCAGCGCUCAAUCAAUGGAGAAUGGCAGCUGAGAGGAAGUGCCAGACCCUCGGGACAGAUGAGUGGCGUCCAACCGUCAGUUUCAGCCGCCAGAUGUCGCAGAGUGAGGGUGAACGCUGGGCACAGGAGCAGCAGUGGCUCCAUGCCAGGACACCAGAGGGAAUGGUUGUCCACCCCAGGACCAAAAUUAAAUCCCAUUCUAUGCCCAGGAUGCUGCGGCCUGAGAGCCUGCAAUAUGUGGACAUGACCCCAUGUGGUCAGGAACUGUACCGACGUGUCAAUGGUCACCCGCUGUCACACCAUGACCUUUACAGGGCACCCCGCUGGCCGGAGAAUGGCAGGCCAGCAAGCGCCAACCAGUUAUCAUUAACGCCAAAGCCCCGUUUCACCCGACCCCCAAGACCUCCCUCCUAUGAGAUGCACCAGCAGAUCAGGGGAAGCUGUGAGGUAUUGUCUGGGAGAGACUCUGUUAUGUCCCAAACAAGGGACAGGACUCCUCUUCCCAUCACACAGACAGGUGACGCUCCACUGGACUAUUUUGCACAGGACUCUGGACCUCCAGGAUACAUUCCCCCUCCAUCAUACAAGAGAGCCCCUGUGAUUAUUGGGGGCCGCCGGGGAUAUGGUGAGAUAGCAGUUGACUACAGGUACAGAGGUGAUGUGUACCAGCAUAUACAUGUGGCUCCAGAUGGAUCUCACUGGAUCUCCCGACAUCCAGCAGGUUCUUGGUCUGAGCCACCCAGAGAGAGGUGUAUGGCAGGCCAGAAGCAGCUCCAUCCUUUGUGUACUACGCAGGGCCCUGGUGGAAGGGUUCAAUAUAUCUCUUUUGAUGACCCCCGCAUCCGGCACAUUUCCUCAGCCCUGGGUGGUAACUCCCUGACGGACGCUGACAAGAUACGCCACAUCCGCAAUGAGCUUCCCAGCAACCCCGUGUCAGAAUCAUCUUCCAGCAACAGUGCCUUUUUGCCCCCGUCUGGGGGGGCGUUUAUCACUGCCAAACUGGCCAGUGAUGUUAAUCAGACAUCUUUAUGUGACUUUGACAAUGACAAUAAGAGGUGGCACAGCAAUUUGCACAAAGAGACUGUCGAUAACUUCUCAGCAACUGACCAAAACUGCAACUCAUAUUCCAAAAACCAACGUCCUCCUCCAUCGCCAUCUUCAGCCUUUCAGGCCCCAGUAAGAAGAGCAUCAUCUCGCCAGGGGUCCAGUUUAGAUCAGGUCUUUGCAGAAACCAUUACACAAGUGAAGAAAAUUGUCCCAGAAUCAGGGUCAGAGAAUAACCGCAGUACGAAGAGAAGAGUGAGUGAGACCAUCUUCUGCCUUGUGUCUGUUCCCCUUCACACACCAACUAACCUUAAUAAAGAUUCAUCUGCAGAUCAGAACAACAAUGACACAACACGAAGUCUGACCGUGAGCAAUACAGAAACUUUUGCUGUAGGUCUCAAAGAGACCCACAGCCUGCGAAGCAAGUCGGUCAACGAGAUGCCCGUCAGACUCCAAUACUCACACUUUCACACCAGCAGCACUUCCUCCCUGAGGAAUUACAAGAGGGCUCCUUUAAGGAAGGAGAUUAUAGAUGCCUGGGCCCUACAAGCCAGUGAAGACAGGGAGAUGUGUUAUGCUGGGUCCUGGCCAGGAAACCAAUACCGUAACCAAGAAACCCAGACUGGCUCACCUUUGACAGUGGUGAAAAGUCCAGAAUCCCAAAGUCCACCUGGGGGACAGGAACCUGUCCACUCUGCUUCGGACACAACCAAUGACAGCGGUGUGGGGACAGACAAUGGUUCCUCUUAUGGAUAUCCCAUGGCUGGCCAGAAAGACCUCCAACCUUCCAGCAACAGCGCCUUCUCCCGUCUCAGCAACAGCCCGACACCACAGCAACAACCGAAACCUGUGGAACAUGUAUCCUCCCAAUCUAAUCAACAGGAUCAAAGAGACAAUAAUCCAUCAUCUCCAAAAAGGAGCAACUCCACUCCUCCAGAGAGUGCAGAACAAGUGGCCUUUGGUCAAUUUCUCCUAAAGCCUGUAAACCGACGACCGUGUGAUGCCAUUGGUGAGUUGGAGAGCAUCAAUAAGGAGAUGCAAGACACAAUCAGCAAGAGACCCCAUGUGGGUCGGUCAGUUGAUGAUCUAGAUGGCAUGAAGAAAAUAAUUAGCCGAUGCAAACAAGGAGCGCAGUUCACAGCUGGCCUCGAAAAAGGCAGAUUGGCAAUGGGUCUUACACCCAUACUCUCGGAAAAAACUGCUAUCAAAGUCAGAUCGAGAUCCUUUCCUCCUGCAAAUGAUUUGGAAUCCAUGAGCAUGCAAAAGGCUUUCUCCAGACCACCAUCCAACACACCCUCAGCAGAUAAGGUAUGGCCGAUAUCCAACCCAGGUGGUAGACAACUUCUGUCCUUCCUGCCUCAACACAGUGAUUCAAACCGGCUCUAUCGGCAGGAUAUUCCAGUCCCUCAGGAGUCAUUGCUCAGGGAUGUUGGACUAACUGUCUACACAGAAGCCCCUAGUGGUCACGGGAAGACAAGUCAGUGCUCAGUACUGGUCCCAUCUCCACUUGAUCACAAGGACCUGCCAGUGCAGCUUUCGAGUGAGAGCGGCACAACGCUUGUUAAAAAUAAUAGCUGCCUAGAGGACAGUUCCGAUCUAGAGCAUCAAGCUGAAGUGGACACUGAGACAAAAGCCACGUUAGACAAAAUGCCACAAUGCAAGGAACCGCUGAAUUUGAACAUUUCUGGAACCGAGAAGCAAAACUGCAAAUCAUCCAAGAAUAAAAGUUCCCCACUUGAUACCCGACUGACCAACAAGGUUCCCUUUAUGUUUGAGGAGCAUGGUAAUGAGAAAUACCGGCUCUCCGAACCAAUAAAUACAAACGAGUCAACAAUGGCAGAUAAGCAUCUGGAGACCUUAUUGAUUCAUGAGAAAACUAAUGCUUUACCUACAGAGGACCUCAGUACCUUGUAUGAAGUUAAGUGUGCACAGGGAAUCCCAGAAAAUGAAUCAAUUGAGCAGAGAGCAGCCAGAAUUUUGGGUAUUACCGUUCCAGUGGGGGCUUUGGGGGUGUCGGACGGCAUAUCAGAGGAGAACAGUGAUGAUGCAGAACCCUUAGCUGAGAAAGUGAAUGAUUCAGGUGAAGACAAACCGAAUGUGAUUGUGGAGCCUGAGCAAGUCAAAGAGGGAACGCUGGUUGUCCUGGAAGCAGAAGAGACAGAGACAGAAGAGGUCAAAGUAUUAAUAGCAGGGGAAGACAACAAUGAAGAUGCCCGACAAAAGCACAGCAACAAUCACAAUGGUGAACACAAUGAAGAUGACAUCACUCAGCCAGUAGUGGUACUGGAUCUGCCUGAAUUCCCACCAAGUAAUCUUCCGCUCUCCCUACCCAUCAGCCCCGAUGAAAAGCUAGCAGUAAGGAUGUGCAGAGGAGAAAAGAAGGGUUGUGGUGGAGCAAGCAAACUAAUCGAAUCCCUGCAAGAUAAGCUUUGCUCUUCUGCUUCCACAUCCACUGCAUCUCUGGGCAGGUCAACCACAGACAGAAUGGCCCGCCUCAAAGAGCUGGACUCGGUGUCGAGAAUAAGACGCCUCAGCCUGAAAGGGUCCGAUUCCGUUCGAGAGUGUGAGUCUGAGGAGAUGGAUGGAGGUGGACAGGAGAAAUUUGUUCAAGAUGAGGCACGGGUUGAGGAGAAACAAGAAGAUGAAGGUCUGAAAGAGCAGAAUGAAAGAACACAGGACGUGGAUUCUGCAGUUGAACAGGAAAAUUUAUGUGAAACACAAAGCAAGAUGGUAGACCUUCAAGAACGCUGUCAGUCUGAUGAAGAUAUAUGCAAAGGAGAUGGAAAACCAAAGGAGGUAGAACAGGCUAAUGAUGUUUGUGCACUAAAAGCAAUACAGGAAGGAGGUAGAGAAGAUGAUGAAGUACAGGCAAAAGAGCCAGAACAAAAAGUAGACCUUGAAGUUGUGGACAACACAGGCGAACAUGAACAGAAUGCAGCAGAAGUUAGUAGAUGUGAGAAUACAGACACACAGAAAGGCCGACAGACAGACAGUAAGGCAGAAAAGAUGCCCAAAGCAAAACGGCGUAUGAAGCUUCAGAAGCCUCCACUGCUUCCUAAACCUCGAAGUGUUCCCAAAAGAGAAAUAAGCCUACCGCUCAGCUUCAGCUCCGGGACCUUUGCUCCCUUGAAUAUGGAGGAUGAGGAGAUGCACACGGUCUCAGACUCGUACGACCCCAGUCGAGUGGAGCGCGUGUGAGCGCUGACUCUGCCUUUGCCAUCGUGGACAUCAGUCUCUCGACUUAACAACCUUUUCCCAAGAAGAAAUAAAAGAGAAGAGGCUUCCAUCUCAUCCACGGCUUAUUCGGCUGUGACCCUUGCGGAAUUGUGACAUAUCACCCCCUCACUAAUCUGACCGUCCAGGUGCUGCGGGAGCAUUUUUACAGCCAAAUAAAAGAAAGGUGGUGCCAGUUCUCCGAGCCUUUCCAGCCUCCUCAAUCUCGUCUUUCGCUUCCAGCCGCCCCCCACCCAACUUUUCUUUGCUCCACCAAGUCAACUGCCUUCCUUCGAAAGAUCCCCGCGCAUGUCGUCAUGUUCCUCCUGCACUCGGGCUUCUGACUCGGUGUUGAAUUAUGAAUGUAAAAGUGCUUCUGCUUUUGAAAACAAGCAAACAAAAAAAAGAAACGUAACAGGAAAACUACCAACAAAAAGGCAACACUAUUGCGUUACAAUCAGUAUUAACCUUCAAAUGUAAAUAAGAAGUAUAAAGUUUUAUCCAGAGUAUAAAAGAAUAUCAGUUUAAGAAAUGUAUAUUUUCUUAUAUCAGUUCAGAAAAUGCUACAUUUUUGAAAUUGUGGUGUUUGGGUGUUAGACUAAUAACGGAACCCUCUGUUCUGUAUUCUUCUACCCGUGUGAUAGCGAAUGUACUCAGAGAGCCUGCAAGGGGAAACACUGUGGUCUUUAAUAGUUUCACUCAACAGCAAUAUAGUUAUUGUACACAUGCUUUUGGAUAUACUGUUAUGAUUCCAGUAGUAUGUCUCAUUCAAACGUCUACUUUAAAGCUUUACGUUUCGGUACAAGUGUGUGAGAUGAUUGGCGUCACGUCAGUGAGUAGGGAACACCCUGGAAAUAUCUCAUUUCUAGCGACGUGGGUGUUGACCUCCAGCGUGGCUAAAGGCCACGUGCUAUAAUCAUCAUUAUAAGGCUCAUUACAAAUAUAUGUUUCUGUAUUUUGGCAUUCAGGCAGGUCUAUGUUUAACUGUGGCGUUGUUAGUCUGUGAUUUCAGAAGUGCUUUUCUGCAGGAAAUGAUCAUGUAGCUGUUUUGAAGAAAGGUCUGCCGUGUGUGGCAUAUUUCACUUGUGUCUCCCAUGCAUCAUCUUUUUCUUUUUUCCUCGAGUGAAAAUGCUCAGAAAGACAAAGUAAUGGCAAUAAUAAUAAUAAUAAUAAUGAUAAUAAUAAUAUUGAAUUAUAAGCUAACAAUGCUUGGUGCAGGAUGACAGAGGAGUGUUUGGGCCACACUUUAGAAAACACAGAAUACACUAAUUAACACUAAAAUAUACUAAUUCCUAAAUCAUGCCGUUUUGUGGCUGAACAUGGCCUAUUAUUUGUCGUAUAUUUAUAUAUUUGUAUAUUUAAGCAUUUUUUUGCAUUUUCAUGGCUAAAUGAAGUAAAAUACAAAUCUAAGGCAUUCGGAAGACACAUUGAAAGACAUGAUGGUAUGUAGUAGGGGCCUUCAGGACACACACACACACAACACUCACCUAGCACAGUCAGAGUUGCGCAACACGUACGUUUACUAGAUUACUGGGAGACACACGAUCUCACUUUCACACAAUCUUCACUCUCCUUUUCCAAGGCCCACAAACUUAAGUUUCACUUUCUAGAGGGGCGCAGCAACUGCUUUCUAUGCUCCGUGUUCUUCCAUGCUGGGCUCUUUCUGAUGAGAAGAUCCCAGCAGUGGAACCAAAUAUAUCCUUUUUUCAAUACUUUUAAAUUGGGUGAUCAUUGACUACUUCGCCGUUAGCAACGCAUUUGGAAGAGCCAGGAAGAAAGGCUAAAGCGAAGAAGUAGCCACAACAGCAGGAAGUAGUGUACAGAACAGGAAGUAAAUAAGAACAACAAGGAACUUACACAAUGAUGUCUUGUUUAUGUCUUAUUUUCAUGUCUCGAUGCCUCUCAUAAUGUUAAAGAGAGCAUUUAGGAGCUCGUAAACAGGCUUUCCAUGCAAGUACAAACAUAUUCCAUUCAUAAAUAAGGAAUCCUAUUUUACGGAAGUUCGUUUAUCACGGUCGGGUCUGGAACUUUUUUUUAAUGGUGUUUCAUAGUUUCACUUUAAUGUGAAAGUGUUGCUUGUGCUUAAUUCUUGGAAAAUGUGAGCUUUUCGAGCAUUUUAACCCAAUACUACAAAUGUAUGUUUCCAGUGUGGCCCCAGCACUGCUUCCUCUACGAAACAAUGUUGUGUAUGUUAUUGAUGAGACCUGUCGUCCUGUCCAAACACCUUCAGUGACAUAUCGGUGCUUACGAUGGGCAUGACUGGCAAUCAGCUUACAGUAAGGAUGUCCAAAGUGCGGCCUGGGGGGUGUUUGCCAUCCGUUUGUAUUGGCCCAUGGCACCUUAUACAGCAUAUAUAAAUCUAUCUGGGUGGGACAUACGUCCUUUGAUUUUUCAGUAAACUUUGGACCCCCCCUGGCUUCCAGUGACUUUUACGUUUAUGACAGCAAUACAAGAAAUUUGGGAAUAUACCAAACCUAACUUUUUACGCUAUGCAUUGGACAUAAUCACUGACUGGGUUUCAUGCCAACAUUGACAAGCUGCGACGUGGGCUGAGCGUGUGCCUGUCACCCGCCAGGCUUUUCAGACGAUUUUUUUUGGAUUCAUGACGUUGUUGGUGUGUUUGUAGGUUUCCGUGGAAGCGGUUUUGAAAGGCGCUCAUCCGUGGAAGCUCAAACGGUAGCUCUGUCCUCGUCUUGUUCUUGGCCCGGUACCUGUACCUCCGUGUUCCUCUUUUGUACUGCAAGUUCUUUGUAACAUGUAGACUAAUUGGUGCACAUCUUGCUUUGAUAUUUUCUAUUUUCAUACAACAUAUGUACAGCUUCUUUUUUAUUUAGUUCUCCCUUUUUUUGGUGCAUGAAAUGCGUCACGAGUCACAAGGUAUUUGCAUUUCUUGCAUUUGGUACUACAGUAUAUAUAGUCUAUCCAAUAAACCGUUAUAUUUCAUAUAAUGUAUAUCUUAUUUUCCAAAAAAUAUUUAAAGCAGAAUAUGGUAUUUUUAGAUUGUGAAAAGGGAACUAACUCUAAAAAGGCACAAUGUUUGUCUACAUUUAAAGAGAUCAUGUAGAAUGAUCGCAAAUAGAGACAAGUGUGUGCUGUUAUUGUACAGUAUUACAGGAUAUUCAUAAAUAAAAGUAUU